AUGGCAUAAUGGCGGAGUUUAAACAAAUAUAUAUCUAAAUAAAUAUCUGUAUCUAUCAAUGAUAAAGUGCGUAAAUUCUUCACAGAGUUUCAGGACUUUUUUUAAGGGGGGAAAAUCAUCGAAUGACUGCUCCCGCCUGGGUGAGGCGGGAGGGAGUGUCAGACUCUUACUGACUAAAAACCACCCCGUUCCUUCUCCUGCACGUCGAGCCGGAGCCCCGGUAACCCGUUAGGUUCUCCGCGACAUUGAAGCAUAUCAUAUGGUAAUGAUUUAAUCGCCCGUUUUAUGAAUAUACUGAGAAA